AUGAACGUGAACGAGCAUGGUGAGACGGGUAAGAUGACAUCCUUAAACAGUCUGGGCCUGGUACUGGUAGAGUUUGAAUAUGAAUACGAGGGCCGGGAUGGUCACAUGGUGUCCAUUAAACCCAACGAGCGGUACAUCCUUCUGGCCAAAACAAACGAUCACUGGUGGCAUGUUUGCAAAGAUGAACAAGCCAAGCCAUUUUAUAUCCCUGCUAAAUAUGUCAAGGAGCUUCCACCCAACAUCCCUUCACCUCUAGACUUCAGAGAGCCUCCAGGCCCCGCUGUGAAGCCUGUGGUGCCUGACCUCACAGAGGGCCGCAAAUCCGAUGAGGUGACAAUUAGACUUCGCUCCAAAGGGAAUUACCACAAGACAGAUAACCGCAUGUCUACAUUUGGAGUUCCUUUAGAUUUACACGAGCCCCCUUCUUACAAACAUGGCGGACCUUCAGACUCCCUCAUCUCCCUGAACACGGUCUCUGCCUCAGACUCAUCACAUCAGAAGAAGAGGAUGAGUCAAGCAACCAAUCUGCUGUUCGGCUCUUGCAUUGAAACGGUGCCUGAUAAGUUUCGAGUGCCUAGCUUCAGCCCAGCUGACCCUCUCCAUAAACCUAUCCCUGUCAAACCUGUGGAGCUCCCCAUCAUCAAGAACCUAAACGAGACCAAACCUCACAGGAAGUCUCCCGAGCUGGAAUCCCCAAUAGAGCCAGAAAGUGAAAGCUCUAGCUCAGAACCACUGCCAUCACCUGACUCUGAGAAUAUUUAUGAAUCCAUAUCGGAUCUGAAUCUGGACCUGUCGACACUGACAGACAAAACACCUGCUGGAUUGCCAAACCCUCAGACCAACACAUCAUGCUCUGCUCCAACAAUAAAGACAGAGAAUGACCCAACCACAGCUGUGUAUGCCAACAUUACUGACCUAAAGAAGACCAUUCCUCGCCCUUCAAACUCCUCUACUUCAACUUGCUCGUCGCCCGGCAUCACCCUCAGUCCUGCUCCGGACUCCACCUCCCCUCCCAACUCGGCCGGAUGGCAGGUCCAUACUGACCACGACAGCGGUAAGGAGUACUACUACCACCCUGCCACAGGACAGAGCAGUUGGUCUGAUCCCCGUAGCCCCCCAGCAGGAGCAGGUAUGGAGUCUGUGACCUCCCCCAUACCCGUGUCCACCCCGUCCUCAGCACACUUGCUGGGCUCUGACUGGGAGCAGCUUUUGGAUGAGACCACUGGGAGACAUUAUUAUUAUAAUUAUGCUUUGAAGCAAACCUCUUGGACUGCCCCGGAGCCAACGGAACCACCUCCGUCCUCUACAGAUAAGGCACACAGUCAUGGCAAGGAGCCAAACGGGCCGCCACCUCUUCCAGAGGAGGACUACCCAACGAAUCAGCGUGAGGAUUCCCAUAUUUCUCUUCAGCUCCUUAAGGAUUUUCAGUUGCCCCAAAUCAAGCUUGCCAUCAUCCCUAGGGCUGUUGUGGACAUGCAUAAAGACGUCCCUGUGGGCUGGGCUCACUCUGUAGGGGCCGAUGGAAAAUCUGUCUACACAAAUGAACUCACACAUGAACAGUGGAUCCAGUCUAAGGAUGACAAAGGGAAGAUGUAUUACUACUUAAAAGAUGGGUCUAAAUGUCAGUGGACCCUUCCAGAGGCUUCAGUCCCGCCUGGUCAGCCGAUCAAUGGAAAUGGAACAGACCAAGAUGCUCAACCUGUUAUGAACUGGAGACAAUCCCAGUUCACUGUAUCUCAGGAAGACCUGAAAUUUUCUCCCUCACACAGGCGGAUCGCCUCUGACAAUGCCAGUGAUGCAUCCAGUUCAGGGAAUUCACCAGAAUCACAGCAUAACGAUAAAAAGUUAAGGCGGCGGAGGAACCUGUCCAGUCACAGCACAGAUUCACAUUCUCAUCAUGUGCGUCCUGAGCUUGUUUAUUGGUUGGCUUUUGCCCUCAGAGAUUUUCUUGUCAGCAUAUAUCAGUCCAUAUUUUUGAAUAAUAAAGCCUGUAACACUGUCCAUGUCUCUGAGCAGCUCAAGACACGUCACGGCUCUGAGUAUCUGAUACAAUAUGACACAGACAGCAUCAUACACGACUGGCACAAGAUCAUUCUGGACACCAUCAGACUGCUGCAGGACCAUGGCCAUUUCUCGGAGGAUGAAGCAGAAGAUAUCCCAGAAAAAUCUCCAUUGCCUGCAGAUAAAGAGAGGAAGAGUGAAUCAACAAGACUGAGUUCUUCUAGUAGCAUAGACAUUGAACAGGGCCGUGUUCGCACCAAGCUACGCAAGUUCCUCCAGCGGCGGCCCACCCUGCAGUCAGUCAAAGAGAAGGGCUACAUUAAAGAGAAUGUGUUUGGCUGCCACCUAGACACCCUCUGUCAUCGGGAAAACACAACCGUGCCCAAGUUUAUGGAAAAAUGCAUCAGAUCUGUUGAGAAAAGGGGUCUGAAAAUAGAUGGACUCUACAGAGUGAGCGGGAACCUGGCUGUCAUCCAGAAGCUGCGAUAUAAAGCUGAUCAUGAAGAGGAUCUGGAUCUGGAGGAUGGGCAGUGGGAAGAGAUCCAUGUGAUCACAGGAGCUUUGAAGCUUUUCCUGCGUGAACUUCCUGAGCCUCUUUUCCCCUUCAGCUUUUUUGAUAGGUUCAUCGCAGCCAUUCAAAUGAGUGACUACAGCCAGAAAGUCUCAUAUAUUCGAGAUCUAGUGAGAAACCUGCCUUUGCCCAACCAUGACACCAUGGAUGUUCUCUUCAGACAUCUUCGCAAAGUGAUUGAGCACGGUGAGCUGAACCGCAUGUCUGUCCAAAGUAUGGCCAUAGUGUUCGGUCCAACGUUGCUGAGACCACAGGAGGAGUCCAACAUCACCAUGCACAUGGUCUUCCAGAACCAGAUCGUGGAGCUCAUUCUCAACGAGUUCAAUGAGCUCUUCCAAACCAAAUGAAAUCACCCAGUGGAAAGCAAGAGAAAACACCCAUCAGCACCAGCUUCUCAUAUUCCCAAGUGAACAAGGUGACCGACUGUUUUCUGUCUACUGAUUGGACAUUGACUGUCCCAGUCAAUCAAAGCCAAAAUAUCACAACAAAUAAGUGCAUUGCGAAACCUCGAAACUGCCUUGUUCUUUAAUGCAAUCUGUGUUUUUGGUACUGCCGAAAUCAAGAGAGCAAAAAGCCGAAGGGAUCAUCUGCCGAUAUGAUCAAACAGAUCUUAUAAAGAAAGAAAAUGUCUAGUUUGUCAAAAUGUUAUGUUCGAGAUGAGACAGUCGUGGAGUCCUUAAUAAUAAAUAACUUACAACAAUUGCUUUAAAGGUAUUAUACAUACAGCGCACAUCCUUGUACAUGUUACUGAAUAAUAUACUGUAUAUUAUUGCUACUCCCCAAAAACUGUUCCUGUGGAACAACAACACUUUUCAGUUAGCCAAACAGCUUUUUCCUUUGCGUUUUCUGUGCAAAUGUUGUAUGAACAAGUAAAUAUACUCGACAAAGGUAUGGAUAUUUGGUUGAUUUGUAAUUUUUCUCUGAACAAAGAUCUUGAUGGUGACACCUGGAUUUAAUGUGUGAUUAAUCGCCAAUAUGGUGCACUACUGGUUAAACCUUAUUGUUCAGGAGGCUGAGAAAAAGGUGUUUAAUCAACUGUAUGACUAACAUUUUUUACUGUCUUUAGUCUCUAAGAUGAAAUAUUGUUAUAAAAUGCUGACAGGGCAUUGCACAGAAGUAUGAAAAUUAAUAUAAUGAACAAUAGAACAUUUUGCAGUGAAGUAUGGAUGUGCAUUGUGUGUUAAAAAUGAACUCUGUGGAUAUAGACUAAACUGUACAUAUUUUAAAUAUGUUGUUUAUAUAAAAAUAUGGUUAAGAAAUAAUUGGCAAUUUCAUUUUAUUACAGAGAUAAAUAUUCUAUAAAUAAAACAGAUAGACCAUAUUUAAUGUUAUGCAAAUAUGUGCAUAGUUUUUACACUGGGAAUUUCAGAAUUCUAGGAAAUUGAUAUAAAAAAAUGUUUUUAGUAUUAUAAGAGUGCAUAUAUACAGUCAUUUUGUCAGAUAAAAGUGUGUACAUCAAUUUAAAAUAGAGAAUAGAUAUUACCACUGGACUAUAGAUCAAUGCAAUGUGAGAAAUUAUAAAUAAAUACGGUGCCUUCAUUUUCA